CACUGACAGUAGCCUUUCUUUGUGGCCUCGCCCUGUACCAUUUAAUAUGUAGUUCCAGAUGAACUGUUAGAGCCAAGUGGUAGGAACGUAUUAGGAUAUAUUUACUCGUUCCUAUAACUUAACAUAUGUUUCUAGUGUAAGAAAUCUAAUAUAAAUAUGUAGAAUUUUUAAAGUAUUAUAGAAGAUGCCUAGAAGUUUUGAUGUUUCGUUUUCUCCGAAGAGAGGUUAUGUAUCUACGAUAGGCCUAAUUAUAGUAUUCGAUGAAUGAUGUUUACGGUACAUUUAUGUGGAUUUAUGGUGCUUCAAAAAUUGUUCUAGCAGAUGAAAUGAAGCCCUCAUUUGUUUCUUAAUGGAGGCUAAGAAUCUAAUCAUCAGCAAGGAAGCCCCUUCAGCUUCAAAUGCAUUUCAAUAUGCAAAAUCUGAUUUGUUGCCCCCAUUAUUACUUGAAUAUGAGACAUUUGUUGCUGCUCUACAAGACCAAGUUGAUUUUUAUAAGACAGAGCAUACUACACUGCGCAAAGACCUACUGGAACUUGUUACUGAGAACAGAUGUUUAUCAGACAAAUUGAAAGAUGUAAUGAGUACCAAGAUCACAGCAGAGUCUACUGUAUCACCAUAUCACAAGAAAAAAUCUGACAUGUUAAGUAAUCUUCAACAGCAACUCUGCUUGACAGCUCAUGAAAAGGACUCGGCUGUGGAAAUGUGGCACAUGGCAUUACGGGAAGUAGAAAAUCUAGAGGAGGGUCUUAAAUCUUACCAGGACAACAGGCAUGUGGAUUUAGCUCAGAAAAAGAUAGAGGAUAUGAAGCAGGAUUUCUCAAAUGCCAUAACAAUGUUGGAGUUUAAACUUGCAACAGCAAGAAGUAGUCUGGCAAAAGAGAAGGAAACACAAGAAGAAAUACAGAAACGACUGGAUGAGAGUCUACAGGAAAAUUCAACUCUAACGUUAACUUUGAAGUCCAGACAGCAGGAGCUAGAACAGGCAUUGCAAGGACAGUGUGCAACUGCAAUAAAACUGCAAGAAAUAGAGAAGAAGGCAGUGGAAUUUCAGGAACAAGUGGAGAGUAUUAAGAAAUCAGAGACUGAUUUGGAAUUAGCUUUGGCACGCUGUCAUGAACAGAGAGCUGAGCUACUUCAAAAAAACUUGGAUGCUCGUGAGAAAGUCAGUGAAUCACUGCACUUAGUAGAGUGUGCAGUGGCGGAGAAAAAUGCCGCACUAUUUAGUGAAGCUCAGACUAAAGAUGAAAAUGUUCAGCUUCAGAAGAUGAUGGCAAGCAUUGUUGACGAAGCAGGUGCAAGAGUGAAAGAAGAAGUUGAAUAUAUAAAACAGCAAUAUAAUAAAAAGCUUGAAGUUUUGUUACAUGACAUGAAAAAGUUAGAUGAUGAGAAUAAUGAAAACAAGAAAAUAUUACAGAAAGAGAUACAAGAAAAGCAUGCACUGGAAAGAGAACUGGAAAAGAUGCAGGUGGAAUCACCACUUGCAACAAGCAUAUUGGAGAAGAAAUUGGCUAUGGCCUAUGAUGAGUUGUCAGGCCUUAAACGUCGCAACCUGCAGCUGGGUAUUGAAAAAGAAAACUUGCAUUCUGAAAUAGAGAGAAUGCAGGAGAGCCAUGCACUAGACACUCGAAAGAUGAAUAUAGAAUGUCACCUCAUGGAAGAACAGAUAUUAGGCCUACAAGCACGGCUGGAAGCAGAAAAUCAUGCUAAGAGUAAGACAGGUGGACAUGUAGAAAAACUGGUAGAACGAGCCCAUUUCUUGGAACAAGAACUUGAACGACGACAGGGGCUACCAGACUGGCAGCAACAGCAGUACGGUCAGGAGCACGAGAAACAGAUACAAGAAAUUCAGAAGCAAAGCAGUGCAACAGCUAGCGAACUUGAACAUCAUCUUGAGAGACAGCAAUUAAUGAAAACCAAGUAUCACAAGGAAAUAAAGACCAUGACUGAGAAGUUUCAAAUGCGGUUACAAGAACUUCAUUCCGAGUCAAAUGCCCUCAGAAAGGAGAACAAAGUCUUGAAAAGUCACCUACGAACACUCCAACAAGAAGCAGCUGCUCAUAAAUCAUCAGUGAAUAUCUUCAAAAGUUCUGGGUCAGACAAGAAAACAGCCAUCAUAACAGGUAGGACGAAGCUGGCUGAAGGGAUGUCACCUCAUGGAUGCAGCAGGAGUUCGAGUGAGACUAUGUAGUAGUACGUCAUACAUGGUGGAGUCCAGAGAUGUUUAACUACUGAAAGCCAAUAUUUUGAAGGCAACUCUGCGUAAGGGCUUCUUAAAGUGGUCAGAUCUGAGACAUGAUUCCUGUCCCUGAACAUUUGAUGGUACCACAUAAAAUGGAUGAGACCAAAUUAUGACAUCUGUUGACUUCAUGUGUUUGAAACAAUAUUACAUUCAACAAUAAUGUACAGACAUUUUAUGACAAUACUUUUGUAAUUUUUACAUACUUUUCAUGAAACUGCAAAAUAAAAUUUAUAUAUAUAUA